AUGGCGACGGGGCGUGCGAUCUGCGACGACGCUCGGCCACGAUGUACUCGGUGUGUAAAGGCGCGCGCAGAAUGCAAGUUCGUGAAGCUGGAAGAGCUCAAGAAACAACGAGCAGAGAAGGAGCUAGCAGCGCGGAACCAGUCCGUCAUAGACCUCCUGACUCGAGGCAGCGGAACCAACUCUGCACAGGCACUGAAGAGGAUCCGGGAGGCAGACAAUGCCGAAGAAGCCGUCAGUUCUCUGGCAGAAGCGCAGCUGCUUCUCGGCCUCCCCUUGGCAUCCCAUGAGACGGACUCUCCUUAUGAUGAUGCCCGCUUCAUGUUCGAAAGAGGAUACAUGACUUCGCCACGGGAAAGAUACCUGGAAAAGGACGUCUUCAUCGACAUAGCGACGCAAGACCUGCCCCUUUCGCGAUGGACGACAGUCUCGACCGAUGACCGAAUCAUGAACCAUCUGCUGCGGUUGUUCUUCACCUGGGACAAUAUUGUAGAGCGAACUGUCUAUCGACCUAUACUGGAAGAAGACAUCGCGACUGCGGAAUCGUUCUUCUCGGACAUAGAAGCUGGCCGAUUCUGCUCUCGGUUCUUGAUCAAUGCCCUACUCGCGGCCAGCUGUCUAUACACUCGGGAACCUUUAACCUUCAAGUACCUCGGAGACAAGCAGAGUAGAGGCAGGCGAUGGGCUGAUGAGGCCGAGGAAUUGUUGCGAGAAAUCUCGCGCCCCUCUAUCCCGCUGCUGCAGGGCCUGCUUGCCAUGUUCGUCUACGAAGGUAAUCUUGGCAGUGGAGAAAAGUCAUUGCCUUACUUCAUGCGGGCCAUGGAUGUCUACAGAGCACUCAACGUAGUGAAUCCUCUGCCACAACGCCGCCAUGACGUGGCCCAGGCGCGCCUCGAGCGAGAGAGGCAGGCCAUCUCCUGGUGCAUGUGGGGGUUCUAUUGCUGUGAGUGGCGAGGAUCCCACGCUUUGGGCAUGAGAAAGUGUGCUCGAAAGCCAAAAGUGGAGAAAGAGUGGCAGAAGCCAGAGUUUGCGCUGCGGCGAGAAGACUGCGUCGCCUAUUGGUGGUUUCCCUACCCGAUGUCCUUUGAUCCCCAGAGAUCGUUGCAGGUCGAGAUUCGGGAAGCAGAUGUGGCGCUCUCAGCCCUGGCAGAGCGAGCAGUAGACUUCGUUUACCCAGAUGAAGGUGGAUAUCCGCCAACGGCCAACCCACAGCUCGCUCUAGAGAUAUACGACGCCUUGGUCCAGUGGAAGUUUUCCCUGCCCACACGGCUCCGCUUGGAGGAAGCCACUCUACCCAGCGAAAUCCUGCUUCACGUAAGUCUCGAGCUCAUGCUGGUAUCCAUCUUGCGACCGUUUUGCCAGAUGACAAAAGAGCAGUUUGGCAGAUUCGAUCCCCGGGAGAAAUGCUUCGCACACGUUGCAAGCAUGAUGUCGGCCAUCUGGACGUUCCGCGCCUUUGCCCACUUACGCUUCGAGUACUGGCUCACGCAUCCCUUGGGGACUGGGGCGUUCAUUGUCUUGCAGGAAGCCAGCAAGAACGAUCCUAUCCACAUGGACACUCUGGUCCGCGCGUGCCAGUGCCUCCAUGAGAUGCGUGUCUCCCUGCCCUUGGCGACCGACGUGCUGAGCGGGAUCCGCGCUGCAUUCAAGCGCUCCAAGAUACUGGUGCCUGCAUACAUGGACAGAUACUUUGAAAUGAUCAGGCACAGGAAGGACGGGCUGAUGCAUCACGCCGUGGCUGCGCUGCUGCCAAACCCGCUCAUUGAUCGGACGGGUAAUGCAGCGGAGCUACAACUCCAGGAACUUCUCGAUGCGUUUGACGAUGUCGACAUCGAUUGA